AUGCCUCCCCGCACAUCGGCACGCGGCACGCCAACGCCCCGGCGGUCGCCCAGGAUCAGCGCGAGAUCCGAGACACCCGAGGUCCGCAAUGUCGCCACCCCGUCCACGCCACGCAGGCAGUUAUCGCCCGAAAUGUCGAGACAACUCAGCCCUGCCGGCGUCGGCUUCCAAGCUCGUCGGCCCUUGCCCAAUCUGAGUGCGCUUGCCGGCGCAUCCAUGAGCACUUCCAUCAAGCAAGAAGACGCGUCGACCAGCUACUACGUCCGCGAGGCCUCGGACCACAACGGCACAACCAGUCCAGCGCCCUACCAGUCGUCGCUGCUGCGUGGUGACCAGCGCGCCUUCAACGACCCGCGAGACGUGAGCCACUCGCACAGCGCCUCGCUCUCCAUCUUCUCCAGCGGCAGCAGCGACCGCACCGACUACCAGCAGGAGGAGCGCGAGGUGGCCCGCAUGCAGACCAACGGCAGCCGCGUACAGCCGCCAGUGCAGGUGCAGCCCGUCGUCACACGCAGAGUCUCGGCACAGCGAAAGGCACGCACCUCGCUCGACGACAGGCCUUACCGACCGGGCAGCGAAGACGACGACGAUGACGACGACCCCGGCUCGCCCACCCGGCGCAGGCGCAAGGGCAGGAACUCGGGCUCCGUCUCGGCGUAUGACCAGGGCAAGAUCGAUAACCUGCGCUGGAGGAACACCACCGCAAAGGGCACCACAAAAAAGAGCCGCGAACGCACCAGCCUCAACUCUCAGUCGGCCGAGCACGACGCCAACAGCGGCUCCGACGACGGCCAAGAUGACGACGACGACGACGCUGGCGCCGCUAGCGGCAAGGAGACUCGCUUCGACGGCGCAUCCGACGAGGAAAUCGACGAGCCGGUUGCGUUGGUGGCCGGCAAGCCCGCUGAGGCCACUCGCCCUCAGGACGCGCAGCCCAAGCCAUCCUCACUCCCCGUCCGGCUGGCGGUGGGCGUUUGCAGGCUGGUGACGCGCAUUCUCGGUGCGUUACUCAGCUUGCUGCUGUGGCUGCCCCUUGUCGCUGGUCGCAAGCUGUGGCGUGCGGUCGCGACAAGCUCGUGGAAGGAUCUCCUUGCCAAUCUUGCUCUUCUGCUCACCAUCGGCGUGGCCAUCUUGGUCGCGUAUGGCUUCGGAUCCGGUGGUAUCGAGAGACCCAAUUUGCGAUUCCCCUCCAUCUCUCCAUCGUAUUCCGUCUCGGUGCCCUCUGACGGCGACUUUUCGCACCGGAACUCGCUGCUGGAUCGCGAGAACCGGCGACUGCGUGCGGACCUGCAGCAUCUGACCAGCCGGCUGGACGAACUGUCGUCGUCGAUCGAGUCGCGAAUCUCGUCGCGUCUGCAGACGGCAUCGGCCAAGAUCGUAGCGGAUGCCGAGGCCCGCAAGGACGCCGAGCUGUCGCGUCUCACGGCGUCGACCAAGCGUCAAGUGUCGCGUCUGGCGCAGGACGAGCUGCGAUCGAUCCAAGAGAGCGUGUCGAACAAUGUGGAGAGCAUGCUGCGCGAUCUGGACCGCAAGAUCGACGGCCAGCUCAAGCGGCGUGCGGACGAUACCGAGGGCAAGUUCUUUGCGCAGCUCGAGCGCGAGGUGGGCAAGAUUGCAAAGUACGCCAACGACGAGGUGAACGCCAAGCUGGCGCAGUCUUUCGAUCAGACGUUCCUCAGCGAGCUCAUUGAGGAUCGGCUCGAGCGGUAUUCGCGCGAUCGCACGGGGCGGGUGGACUGGGCCGCGGUGACGAGCGGAGCAUGGGUGGGUGAACAGGGCACCGUGCAUCGAGGAUACAGAUACAACAGCGUAUGGAACCUCAAGGCAUACCUGGCGCAGGGGCGAAAGGUUCCCAUUGGAGAACCGGUCAAGGCGAUUACCCCGGGAGCAGGAUUGGGGGCGGAUAAUUGUUGGAUGACGGGCUGGAACUCGAUGAUCGACGUGAAUCUUGCGGCGCCCAAGGUGGUGGACGAGGUGGUUUUGGAGCAUCCGCUUCCGGGCAUGGCACGCACUGCUCCUCGCCGCGUCAUUGUAUGGGCUACAGUGGACGAGUCGGAUCACGACUACUAUCGGCAGUAUCGACGAAAGCUUGCACCGACGUCGCGCGAGUACUUUGCUCAAGUGCUUCCGGAGCCGUUCCUGUCUGCUGUGCCUGCCGAGUAUGCCGACGAGGCGCCGCUGCUGCUGGCGUGGUUCGAGUACAGAGCAGACGGCAACACGCUGCAGACAUUUAAUCUGACGGACGAAGCAAAGUCGUACCCGUACGGAGUCGAGGCUACGCGCUGGCAGUUCAUCGAUGGCUGGGCACGAAAUCCGCCGCUGUGCAUCCACAGACUCAGGGUGCAUGGCGAGCAGUGGCCCCUCUUCGCACAGCAGUCGGACUAG